GAUUUAUCAUCUGCUUCCUACGCCGGGAUUCCUCAAGAGUUUACGUGGGUGCUGAUUAAUUCUUGACUGUUUUUGUCUAGGAUCACCCCCGUAUUUAUACGCCCACUCCUUGCCAGAAAUACGGGAUAUAAAGGAAGGAGACAUCUCGUAUUCUGAUAGGAGGAGACAUCAAAAGGAUAAAAAAGAAAGAAAAGAAUACUGCGGGGCUGGGGCUCACAGACAAAACAGCGUUUGGCUGUUGCUGUGGCGUCUGAGACGGUUGACAAUUUACACACUAUGACUGCUACGUUGAAUGGGACGUAUAACUCGGCCCCUGAUACACCAUCUCCAGUCUACCCAGAUAGAUUGAUUCGGCCCCUUCCCAAACGCACCCUUCGUUCCCGCCUGUCCUCCGAUGCCGCCGAGUCCAUUUUCUACCCUCCGUCUCCCGCAGCGACCCAACUGUUUUACGGAUCCUGUGUGGAUAACGGGGAGGUGGUGAAUGAUUCCAAGGUCUACGUGCAGCAGAAUCUGGAUACCGAGAGCCAUGAUGAAACCUUAGAGCGCGAUCCCCACCAUUCGUAUGACAACGAAGUGGAGUAUGAGAGCGGUGAUGAGGAUGGCCCCGUAGUUGUUCGUCGGAGUGCCGGUUUCCGCGGCUCGUCCCUGUCUCCUUCUGCUUCCAGCACACAACCCCACGGCCCCUCUGUCAACGCGGAAGGAACCCAGAUCAAACCAUCUUCGGCAGGUCCCGAUGGGUAUGACGCCUUUGAAAAUACAAACAACAAGAAGAAACGUAAAAUCCCAACACCUGGCAGUUUGAGUGGUCACCCCUCCACGCUUUCUCCUGAAUUUUCGAAUAUGGGACUGGCGAGUUCUACCCCCGCUCCUUCAUCAGGUGCCGGUGAUGGCAAUAAUGCCGGGACCUACUAUGGCACUGGGAAUCCGGCAUCCCCUGUGGGCAAUGGAAUUUCCGGCGCUGGUAGAGGCCGACUUGGGCGCCAUGUGGCACGCAGUAGCAGUGGAAGGAUCCCGCUUUCUGUUCAAACCCAGAGUGCAUGGACAAAUGCUCGAACGUCAAAUCGUCACGAUGGGUUAUUGUCUUCACCAGGACCGACAGGUGACUUCGCUGGAAAACCUGACCAAGGUAUUAUAUCUGCUGCCAUAGCGAACGCAGCGGCAUUUUCGUCUCCUCCCCGAGGCCCAGGAAACGUCAGCUUGCUCGAGCAGCAGGCCACCACACCUACCAAGACCCAGUUUACUUUUACGUGCGAAUCGGAUUCGUCCAAAGGAAUGGCGCUGCAAGCACAAGCCCCCUACUCUAUCCCACACCGCUCGCCCACGUCGCCUUUAUCCGGCGCAACACAACAUCCGCGGGGCAUGCCUACGCAGGGGACACAGACAAGUCCAAGCAUGGCUGCACGGAUGAACCAGCAAGGGCACACUGAGCAGCCGCAAGGGCCGGGUACCGAACCGAUUAGCACGGGCAGGAAGAAAAAACGGUCCCCUGGCAGCCUUUAUGCGCUGGCUGCACGUCAACGCAAGAUUCAACAGCAAUAUUCCAACCUCCACCACCCUCCUAGUAUGGAAGAUAUUUGGAUUUGUGAAUUCUGCGAGUAUGAAAGCAUCUUUGGGCGUCCACCCGAGGCGCUUAUCAGACAGUACGAAAUCAAAGAUCGCAAAGAGCGGAAGCGAUUGGCAGAGAAGAAGAGACUUCUUGAGAAGGCAAAAAUGAAGGGUCGCAAGGGCAAGAAGGCGACCAAGAACGCAAACAAGAACACUGCGGCUCCCCAGGGUGGAUAUCAACAUGGGCACCAUCGAGCAUCAGUUGACCAUUCAUCUGCGGGUGGAUCCGGAGCACACGAGGAUGACGAAUUGGGUAACGACUACGAGGAGGAAUCCAUUCCUGAACCUUCUUCUGGGGCGCUGGCAUCCUUUAAAACCCCUCUUCCACCUGGGAAUCAACCCAAAAUAUCAGCGAACACAUCCAAUAGCAAAAAUGCAAUAGACGCGGAAAAGAAUCGACCACCCUGACAAUUGGGUUGAACGGCUCGCAGGGCGCGUGGGUAACAUCAGGUGGCAGGCAUGAUUUGGCAGUCUUGCUAAAACAUGAAGACGCCGUCGAAGUGUGACCGGACCACCUCGUCCUGUUGGAUGGGGCCGUUCCUUCUUCCCUUUGUCUAUUGUUUUGUUCCUGUUCCGAGUCAUGAUUCUGUUUGUUUUCUUGGUCAGAGUAAUUUAGCCUUUGUUUUGGUUGUUUUUUUGUUUUUUCUAUUCUUGUCUUUUCUGCAAAUUCUGUUGCAUAAUGAAAUCGCCUCUCCACUAUCAACGCAUUGACGAGCAUCACGUCAGCAUCAUAACGCAUUGAAUUUUGUUCGGGAUGGGCAAAUGUCUCUUAUUCCUUUAAUAAUUAGGGUCGCGUCGGAGGGUCAAAU